AUGUUCCAAUCGACCAGUAAACCCAAGUUCGCGCUUGAGUUGACCGUCAAUGAACUCUCCAAUAUCCCCCAUGUAGGCGGAAGUUGCUACAUUGAUAUCAACAUUCGAGACUCUAGGAAAACGAAAUUCCCUGGGUUCAAGGCAGGGAAGGUAUCUGCCCUUGAUAAUGUUGGGUCUAAAACUUCAUCCAUCCCUGGAGUUAAAAAGUCUACUGAGGCAAAAGGUAGCCAUUCUGCUAGUUCUCCUGGGAAUAUCUCUGCCACCACAUCUCGGAAAAAGAUUCAUAAUUUCAAAUGUCUGUUCAAUUACAAGGUCAAUUGUAACUUGAGGUUCCCCUUGAAGAAACGAGAAAACUUGAUUGGGAACAAGUAUCUUCUUAUGACGGUACAUUAUGUCGGGGAUGGUUCGAAUGGACAUCAUUCUGACCAAUCAUCAGGGAAUUCUGGAAGAACUCAUAUUGAGCUUGGAAGUCUUGAAGUCAAUUUGUCGGAAUAUCUUAACUUCAACGAACCUACUACGUCCAAAUACUUACUUAAGGAUUCCAAAAUCAAUUCCAUUCUAAGUGUGACAGUGGGUCUUACAGAAUUAUCUAACGAUUUUGAUUUCCAUACUCUGUUAAGAAUUCAAGAAAGUCAAACCACCUCAUCUUUAUCUCUGACCAUACAUCCUCCCACCAGAAUGACCACUGGAACUGGAACUGGAACUGGAGAAACUUUUAAUAGACAGAAAUUCAAUGUACCUAAUUUUGAAAGGAAAAAGGUAUUUGGAGGAUUGAACGAUAUUAUGGCCACUCAAACAUCUUCAGAACAACAGUCAACCAAUAAUUCAGCUUCUAUUGGCUCCACGACUUCUGCUGACGAUGAUAAGCGUUCUGGAUGUAGUGGACGUAACAAAAUCCAACACCUUGCUUCACAUUUCAACCAUAACGGUAAUCAUAACCAUCAUCAAAAUAAUUCCUCAAAUCAUAAUAAUAUUUCUCAGAAUGGGUUUAUGUCCAAACUGCAAAGUAUCUAUGAGAACAACAACUCUACUGAUUCUAACACAACCACCAUUAUUAUGGAACCAAUUGUUAAUAAUUUAUACAAAAAGAUUCUUGAAGCCAGUUGGGAUCCAGAACUCUACAAAUUGAUGGAUUAUUCACCAGAAAAAUGUAUUGAAAGUAUAUUUGAAGGAGGGGAUGGCUGGUCCAAGGAUCUCUCCAAAAAAUUGGGUACAUGGGAAGAAGAUGAUGAGGAUCAAGUCAGAGAUCUUAAUGGACUUAUCAACGAAGUAUCGUUCCGAGACAACCUUAAAAGUUGGCAAGUUGGACAAAGCAGUUAA